UACUUCACCCUGUAGGGGGCAGCAGUGCGCGGCUGAGCGCAACAUUAGAAAAACAAGAAGAAGAAAAACCGACCAAUAGCAAAGCCUGACAUCCGUUUUGAAAGAAACGCGGUUGAUGACGAUUUCAAAGGAGCAAUAGUCGUCUCUAUUUGCUGAUACCAGACGUUUUCCAACACUUCACGAUGUCAAGACGAAGUAUGGAAGGCUCGCCUUCCAGGAGAUGUGUAGAACGUCUUCCAUUAAGAAGUAUGGAGAAUAAAGAGUCAGCCCUGAAGCAUGAAUCUAAAUCACUCUUUAACACUACAAAGGAGGGGGCUAUUUCUCGUAUCCUGCGCUCUCCGCCAUCCGCCAGUUUUACACAACCCAUUGGUUCCACUACUGAACUGACGUCCUACAUGCUGGGAGAUGUCACUUUUAAAUCCUUCCUCUGCUCUGGCGGUGAAGUCGAACUUGGCCAAUCUUCAUCGUGUGAGGCAGACGACGAUGGCGACCAUGUCGUGUUGCGUGAGGACCAGCAAUCUGUGUCUUCUGCUCGCCAAAAAGACUCCUCCGUUGCCAGUGAGCUCGGGUCAUCAUGCGGCAACCACGCGGAACAUCCCUACUGCCACCCAGCUGAUGCUAAUGUCUAUGAAGCUGCCGUGGAUCUGACUUGGAAGUCUUUUGCCUGUGAUGGCGGCGAGGUGGAAGUUUUGGACGCCACUGGUAGACCGCUGGAUGCAACUAUUCUUCCUCCUGCUGGAGAUCUUGUACAGGACAAGAGCAUCAACUCCAGCAACCUCUUUGAGGCCAGCCAUUUGGGUCCAGCAGAUGAACACGUCGAUCAUCCGUAUUGUAAUUAUGAAUGUGGUGAGAAGUCUUCUGGUGCGGUCUGCGACGUGACCGUCGGGACUUCCAUCUCCUCUGGGGGUGGAGUAGAAAUCCCAGACAGCGCUCCGACAGCAGAGGAGAUUCUUCCUUUACCAGCUGAUGUUGUUCCAAUCAUUCCUCAAGAUCUGAGCGUUUUACCUGCUGAUGGAAAGCUCUGCAGUGAACAUUUGGAGCAUGAUGGCCCCUCAACAUGUGUCGCGGAACCUUGCGGCCCGGAUCCUCUCAACAACGUGGACACUUUCGGACAAGAGACGAUAGGUAUUCCAGGUGAGGAACAAGCCGUGUCCUCCCAACUCCUGCAGGCUAAUGAGGAACAUCUCGUUGUUCAAAAGAGCUCCAGCCAAGACUUUGAGGUCUCCUGUUCAACACAUGCUUUGUCGAAUGAUCCGGUUUGUUUUGAGACGCCAGACCAACUCCUCUCACAUCAUAAUGGCAGCUCACCCUCUCACCUCGGCACUGGCACUCCCACCCAAGUAAGCGAAGCACAGGACAGUGCACUCGGUUCAUCUGAGGAUAGACCACCCUGUCCAAACUCUGCAGACAACCUUUCGGCCGACAAUCUCCCCAAUGUCCUUAAAGUCCUCUCGGGGUGUGUCUCGGUGGCCCCGCAGCUCGGAGAGGAUUCUGCCCUUGAAAAGAGCCUGGUGGCUCCAGGGGGUCCCGCUUUGGGUCGUUUGUGGGCGGACAUCUUGGAGAGCCCCGUGCCCAUUCCCCUCUUUAACUCCACCACCCUGUGCAACAAGCUCCAGCCGAGUCCAGUCCUGCAAGCAGAUGAAGAUUUCAGUAAGGCGCCUGCCGUUGUCCCCCAAUUGGUGCCGCAGGUGUCAGGUCUUGCCCCUAGGCGGCUCAUUACCGAGGGUCCGCUCCAGAAGCAACUACAGCAGAUGGGCGAGUUCCUCAUCCUUGCGUCGGGGAAAGUGGGCCUCGAUGUAUCUCCUCCUGCUGCUGCUGCUGCUGCUGCUGCUGCUGCUCCUGUGAAAUCCCACAACGCCUGUGUGGGCAGCACCCCUGUUAAAAUGUGGGAUCAGGGUCUAAACACAUCAGGACAGUUUGAGAGGAAGAGGAAGUUCUCCACAGCGGACGCAUGCAGUCUCACCGAUCCUCUCCUGUGGAACGUUGCCCCAGGCAGCCUGGAAUGUCUCCCAAGAAAGGAGCUGGAGCAGAGGCUGAGGUCCAGCAUGAUCAUGGUGGAGGCCUUAGUGCAGCAGCAGGCAAUGGCCAGAGUCAACAGUCAUCCUGCUGGCCCGCCGCUGUCGGAACUGCGUGACAAGCUGGUGCAGACGGACCACACUGAACUCAGCCAGACCACCAUGUACAGAGAUCUUUACACGGAGGCGUUGAACAGGAUUGGCGACUUGGAGCAGGACGCAACUUCUCUUCAGGAACUUGUCCAGUGCAUGCAGGGCAUGCGGGUUACCAUGACGUCCCUUGCCAGUGACACUGAUGCAGCUCUCUCUAACAUGAAGCACACGGAGGAGCUCGUCCGAGAGGAUCAUAGCAACCUCGUUUCACAUUAUAAGGAGAUGAAGUCCUUGUUCACAAAAUCGAAGGAGAUGCAGACGCGACUAAUGCAAAAGGUAAAAGACGCCCUUCAGCAAAGAGACCACAUGAGGACGCAGAUGGACGAGGCCUUGACAGUCAAGGAAGCCGCUCUCAGUACAGUGGAACAGCUGAGGAGUCACUGUGCUGACGAAAUAGCCGCAUUGCAGAGGAGCGUCGGCUCUCAGCAAGAACUACUGGUCGUCCUUAACAACACCUUCCCUGAGCAGGUUGCAUUAAAUACGUGCAACAUCGAAACGCUAAACUCUGCUUCAGAUCUUCUACGCCAAACCAUGCAGGAACAUUCCAGCUUGAUGAAAGAACUGCACGACGUCAGGAACCUCGUGCACAGGACAGCACCCAUCUUGAUGAAGCUCAACGAGAAGGCGGCGGAUGCUUUGCGAGAGAGAGACGAUUACAUGUCGGCACGAGACCGAGCUCUGGAGGACAAAGAACAGUUGGAGGAGGAGCUGAGCCAAACUCAAUUAAAUCUCCAAGCUGCCGGAGUACAGAUUGGGGAUUUGAAUCUGCAGGUUACGAUCUUAACCUCAGAGAUGGGCGUGCUGCGUCAGAAGCUAACCGAGCGUGAGGAGGACAGCGCUCAGUUGGAAAGAAAUGUGACAGAGAUGUCGGCAACCUUGUCCUCCACGAUGGCAGCGCACACCUUCCUGGAGCACGCCCUUGCUGAAGAGACGUCCAAAUUGUUGCAGGCACAAAGCGACGCAAGCCAGGCCCAGGACACAGCAGAGCAGUUGGUGUCAUCUCUGCACCAAGCAGAGCAGAGGGUUGAGGCUCUCAGUCAGACUCUGUGUGAGAGCGAGGAGGAGCUCAGCAGGCUGCAUGCGCUCACACAGGAGCAGAGCUUGCAGAUCCUGCAGCUGCAGGAUGUCUGCGCACAGCUCAGCGGCGUGAGGGAGAUGAAUGAGUUCAUGCAGAUGGAGAACGAGCUGGCCCUGGAGCAGGUGGCCGAAAGUGAGAGCACGCUGAGUUCCACCCUGCAGGCUCUUCGGGAGAGGAACAUCCAGUGUGAAGACAUGAAAAUGGAAAUCUCCCAACUACAGCUAGAGAGGAGCAGUGUCCAGGACGAGCUGGAGGCCGUGCGGGCCCGAGCCAAUGCGGUCCAGCUGAAACAGGACGAGGAACUUGCUCAGGCGGUCACUGAAAUCACCUUGCUGAAUCACACGCUGCGAGGAGUCACCAACCAGUUACAUGGCGCCCUAGAGAAACCAGAUGCAAAGAAUCCCCAAGCGGCUCCAAAAGUGGAGCGUCACCCAUCCUCUUCCUUUGUGGACUGCGUCAUGGUUGCAUUAACUACAGAGAAGGACGCAGCGCCACUGACCACAACGCCUGUCAAAGCUGUUGCUGCAGACUCGCCUGAGUCACCGAGUCAAGCCAUAUUCAGCGGGAAGAGCGCCUUCACCCGUGUUGGCGUCACACCGAAAAAAAAGGAGGAGUUUGAGCCAGAGGAGGAGGAGCAACAGAGCAGUGCAUUGGAGCUGCUGGCCCACCUGAGCAACACAAUCACAGAACUGGUCUCCACCCUGGAGACAGUGCAGCAGCACAAAGAUGCUCGGGUGGAGGAACUGCAACGCAGCGUUUCCAGUCUGGAGAUGGCGCUACAUUUCGCUAACAGCCAGCACGAGUCCAAGUUGUUUGAUCUGAAGCACAAUCUGAACCGCGUGACCACUCUGAUGGAGAAAGGCAAACACGCUCUGCAGCAAAAAGCUCAGGAUGAGAAGAUGGUGAUCAAAUUGAUUGCAGACGUCAACGAGGCCCAGGAGCUUGUGACCAAACAAAAGAACGAUUAUAAUGAUUUACGGAAGGAGGCGGCGGAGCUGCGUCGCUCUCUGAAGGAGACGCAAACGGAGGCUCAAUUCCUGCGAGCCGAGCUGGCAAGAGCAGGACAUCAGACGGACGGCGAUGCUCUUUUUAUGGACGAGAAGCUCAAGUUGUUGAAAGAGGUGGACAGACUGAAGACGGCACUUCAGGAAGCAGAUAAGGCCCGAGGUAAACUGCUAGAAAGGGCCAAGCGACACCAAAUGAUCCACCAGAUGAACCAGCUGAAGAGCGAGAAGGAGCUCCACAUGUUGAACAACAUGAUCAAUAAAGUGCGAGAGAUGUUGCUUUGUUUGCCCGACGUUAUGAAGAACUCUGAGCACCUCCAGCAGAUUUUAGAAUAUUUAGGCUGACGUGUUGUAGCUUUUGUGUUUGCUUUAUGAUGUCUUAAGUUGUAUUAUUUUUAAAUCUGUUUAAAUAAAAUAUGAAUGAAAAUAUUAAACUUAUCGUAAAUCUUUCCUAUAAUGUGCCUCUAACUUAACUCUAAGGGAUUUUUUACCUUUUUCUAUCUUUAUUGCAAAUAUUUAAUACAUCACCUAGUGGGGACAAGGCAUUUUUUUAUAUUUGUUUAUUUAUUUUUUUCAUGUGACUAUUUGAAUUUCUGACUUGACUAAUAAUCACUAACAAAAAAUCCAUUAACUUAAUAAUAGAACUAACAAAUUGUGCCUUACACAAUUCAAAAAAUAUAUCUAUUUAGGCUUCCUCAUUUUUGUAAAGCUUUGUAUCAAUCAUAUUUUACUUUUGUCGCCGUUUUAAAAAUAAACAUUUAGUGAUGUUUUAUAGAGUGUGAAUGUAAAAUGUGACUAUCGACAAUAUUAGUGUUAUUACUAAUUUAAGGUUCAUUAUUGGAGAAUUGCAGCAUUAAGGAACAAUCUUGCAAAACUAAAAAGUGGCAAGCAUGCAUCUCAUUAACAAAUGUAUAGCCAGAAGAUAAGAGAAUGUACUACUAAUGAACAUGCUAA